AUGUAAUGCGUGAAUGGAACUAAUGAGUUUAAAAAAAAAUUGUCUAUGCAAGCCUCAGAUUAUAUUAACCAAGAAUAACUGAAUUAACAAACUACUGAUAAGACAUAAGGGUUUAAUUUUUAUAAUUCAAAUAUAAUAAUAAAUCAAAAUGAUAAUUUUAAAGGAUAAAAACAUUUCAGUACUAAUAUGAAUUUUGUUAAUUCUUCAAAUCUAUAAUUUUAAGGAAAAGCAAUGACUAACAAUAAUUAAUUCUAAAUUAUGCAAUUCUCAAAUUAAAUUGAAUAAUCAAAUAAAGAAAAAGAAAAAGAAAGUCACAUUAAAGAUCUAAUGAAAAUUUCAUAAAAGGCAGUUUAAAGAAGGAAGGAAAGAAUUCUUGAGAAAUACAUGUAGCCUAAUUAAAAUAUAAUUGAAGACUAAUAAUCAUGA